UAUAGUACGAUCUUUCUUCUGCUCCUUGGUCAUAUUGCUAUCUAUGGUUCGUGCUGACGCGGCGAUUGCUGAUUGGCCAUGCUGUUUUCCGCCGUCAAAGGCUGAGUGAGAGACAGACAGAGACAUGUGACCCGGAAACUGAGUUAGACCGCAAGAGCUAGUUGCACCGAUAGUGAUAGGUCGUUGUUUUGCAUACAAAAUGUCUUUUGGCCACUAAGCUUUGAAGUGUGGGUUCUUUUUAAAGACCGCGGAAGAGGCUGAGGGCAGGAGAGGCAAAAGCUUGAAAGAAAUCCAAUGAUAUCUACAGAGAGAAUUUGUUGCAUUGAGCAACUACAAAGAAAGUGAUUAAGAGAUGCAAGUCCAGUACAGGAGGGUAAAAUGGAUGGAAGUAUUGUGGUGCAUCCGUCACUUGAAGAAAGGAACCAAAGGGACGCUGUAGAGGCCAUGCCUCAAAACAGUGUGGAAGAUGAGCUGAAAGAGGUGUUACCUGUAGAAGUUGAAACUACUAUAGUGAAGAACCAGGAAAACACUGAGGGUGUGUCUUCUACAGCAUUGUCUCCUUGUAGCCCAGAACCCAAACCUCUGCCCCUAAGGACCCUUUCUUCUACAGAAAUGGAUUGUGUGGAGGGUACAGAGGUCAGAGUAUCAACAGAAACAUUGGACCAGAGCAAAAUAAAUGAGACUAAAGAAGGUAGCGCACAAGAGGAAAAUGGGCGGAUUAAGCAGGGACCUAAAAGGGUGACAUUCCCUUGUGAUGAUGAUAUUGUGUCUGGUGCCCUUGAACCCAAAGAUCCAUGGAGGCAUGCUCAGAAUGUUACAGUGAAUGAUGUGAUCACAUCCUAUACCCAGGCCUGCCAGAAGCUCAACUGCAAGCAAAUUCCAAAACUUAUCCGACAGCUAGAGGACUUGACUGAUCUCUCAGGGAGAGUUGAAACUCUGGAUCUCAAAGGAGAACGUCUGGACCACAAAGCAUGUGAAGCUCUGGAAGAAAUUUUUAAAAGAGUGCAGUUUAAGAUGGUGGAUCUUGAGCAGACCAACUUGGAUGAGGAUGGUGCUUCUGCUCUGUUUGACAUGAUCGAGUAUUAUGAGUCAGCAACUCACCUCAACAUUUCCUUCAACAAGCACAUUGGUACUAGAGGCUGGCAGGCUGCAGCACAUAUGAUGCGUAAGACCAACUGUCUGCAGUAUCUGGAUGCACGCAAUACACCAUUAUUGGACCACUCUGCACCAUUUGUGGCCCGUGCACUCCGCAUUAGCAGCAGCUUAACGGUACUACAUCUUGAAAACACCAGCCUGUCUGGGAGACCCUUAAUGUUACUGGCUACAGCUCUGAAGAUGAACAUAGUGUUGCGGGAAUUAUACCUUGCUGAUAACCGUCUCAACAGCCUGCAAGAUUCUGCUCAGUUGGGGAAUUUACUAAAAUUCAACAGUUGUAUCCAGAUUUUGGACCUGCGGAACAAUCAUAUUAUGGAUUCAGGUUUGUCAUACAUCUGUGAGGGAAUAAAGGAACAGCGACAGGGACUGGUCACCCUGGUCCUUUGGAAUAACCAGUUGACUCAUGCUGGCAUGGUUUACAUGAGUCUAUGUCUGCCUCAUACUCAGACUCUAGAAACUUUGAACCUGGGCCAUAAUGCAAUUGGUAAUGAAGGUGUCCGGCAUCUUAAAAAUGGUCUGAUUGGUAAUCGCAGCGUUCUUCGACUUGGCUUGGCAUCCGCUAAACUUACCUGUGAAGGUGCAGUAGCUGUUGCAGAAUUUGUUGCUGAGUCUCCCCGUCUCCUUCGCCUUGACCUACGGGAAAAUGAAAUCAAGACAGGGGGUUUAAUGGCACUUUCACUUGCUCUUCGUGUUAAUCAGUCGUUGCUGAGGUUGGACCUUGACAGAGAGCCAAAAAAAGAGGCGGUUAAAAGCUUCAUAGAAACUCAACGGGCCCUCUUAGCUGAGAUCCAGAAUGGGUGUCGGCGAAACUUUGUUUUGGCAAAAGAAAAGGAAGAACAGCUCCAACAAUCUGCCUCCAUGACAGAAAUUGCUAGUCCAGCACUUGAAGACUCUAGCACAGGCCCUGAGGAGUCUAAUAAUUCUGUUGAGGAUUCCAAUCAAGCCCCUGAAGAUGCAAAUGCUACUCCAGUGGAUUCAGAAGAUGGUGAGAUCACUACUACUAAAGAGUCUAUGGGAGAUGGAGAUGAAUCAGACUCUGAUACAGAGGAAGAAGAGAAGGAGGCAGCAGUAGAGCCCAAACCAAAGGAGAGCCCUGGGCAGGUGACUGUAUCUAGCCCUGGAAGAGGCCACAAAGUUUUUUUGGUAACAAGAGUAGAAAACCCAAACUCUACAGAGGAGGAUAAGAAAUUACCAGAGCUGACAAAGCCUCUUAAUGAAGAGGUGGUGUCCCCAGGAAGCAAUGCUCUUGCUAAUGGACUAGAGCAGGAAGCAGGCAAAGUAACACCAUGUUGUGAUGACAAGGAUUCUCUUGGGAUUUAUAGUGAUAGUGAGCUGGAGGAUUUGUUACGCGAUGCUUCUACAGAGCCUGACCCUGCACUGAACGCUAUAACACUAUAAGGAUCAGCUGUUUGGGCUGUAUGGUGUACCUUUUUUCACCUUCCCAAAUCCUUUUACAAUCCCAUUUCUCUCGCCUUAAGGAAUGGGGGCCUGUAGGAUCGGCGCACACGGGUUUCCUUAUGAAGACUUUCAGUUCAUCCGGUUUCCACUUCCUUAUACAAUGGCAAUAAGGGCACAUUGGAGUUUGUAUUGGGUAAGGGAUUUGCAAAGUGGAAAAAACGCUAUGAGGUUCCACCCAGCUGGAGAUUUCCAGUGCAAAGAUGAGACCCUACUUGGUACAAGAGGAAGAAUCCAUGUAGCUGCCCAUGUUAUUUGGACUGUUACUUGCUGUGGGAUUUCUCUGUGGGUUCAGUAAUUUCAAAACAUUCUUUGAAGCUCAGUAGUUAUUCAUGAUGCUUCCUCAUGGUCUAUUGAAAGUCCUGUUAUUGGCAGGAGAGAGGUAAUGGUUUUCUGGGAACUAGGACUGUUUGAUAGAAAUACCACUUGUAGGUCAAGCUGAUUUGUGGCCUCCUGUUUAUGUCAGAAAACAAUAGUUUUAGAUUUCACUACACUCAUUGCACUGUCUGACCAUUAGUAUCCCAUUCCUGGGAAAAAAUGUUUUGUCUGUCUGUUCCAAACAUCACUACAUUGCCCUAGACUGGCAACACUCGAGGACAAGCCCUGCACAAGCCCCACAAUAAAGUGGGAAAAGGCCAAAGAUGAGCUAACAGCAUAUCCCUGCCACGUGAAGAGCAGUUUAUUCUCUAAUUAUUUCACACAUCCCAUCACCUGUAGCUUAUCCGUUGUUUUAAGAGGGACCGUUCGUGGCACUCCAAAACCUGAAGGUGGGUGGAAAGUUGGAAAGUGGUCACAACAUUUAAGAAAACUACUGGAAGCAGCUUGUUAUAGGGGCAUUAGAUUAGGGUGUGUCCUUCUUAAUGUAAGGAUAUUGUCUUAACCCUGUGUGGGGGCAGUAACUAAGAACCAUGUAAAACCCUGUGCUUUUCCUCCAACCCAUAAUAUGUCUGCAAUAGGGUAAAUGCUGUGUAGCUUGUAUGACCUUGGAGUGUUGUCUUCUUGUAAAUAUAAUGGUGUAGACUCUAAUUCUGUAGAGCCUACAUAUGACUUGGAUGGUGGUUAUCUUGUCCAUCUUGCUCCUCAGCAUGCCAAGUCUACAACAUAUUUGUAUAGUUACACACACACACUUACUUUUAAGUUGUAUCUUUUUUCAUAUUUUCCCCUUUUCUGCCAGUCAUUUGAGUACUUGUUAACACACUGUCCAGAAAGAGCAUGUUUCCCAGUACCAUGCCUUGAGUUCCCUUCACUCUUGGCAUGAGAUUUCUUCAAAUAAAUCAUAAAUCAAUAAAUCGUGAUUUUUUUUUAACCCCAUGAGAACAUCUAUUUUGUAUUGGUUUGGGGAAAGAGAUAUUUAAAGGAAUGGCAGGGGAACAUAGUUAUCUAAAGGUCUGUUACAACUGGUUUGCUCCUAGUUUUAGCUAAACGAGCCACUGGCAAAGCUUAAAAGGUUUUGCCUCCCUACACUGAGAGAUACUUUGUAUGUCAGUGAUCAUGUGACUCCGUUUUAAACUAAAACACUUUUCUGUUUUACUUUGGCAUGGGUGGGAUAAGAGUUUGCUGCUUCAGGGCUAAAAUAGGUGAUCUCAUACAUUUAGUGUAGGGUUGUUGAAUGUAAAUGAUUUAUGCUGAUUAUUAUUCUUGCUCCUUAUUUCAACAGUUGGCUGCUUUAUGUAUUUUCUCUUCUUACAGAAUGACCAGUUUAUCACUUGCUGCACAUUGAAAUCGUCUGCGUGAAUGUGUGUAGAACAUUUUAUAUGUAAUUUAUUGUUCUAGCCAAUAUUUAUAAAAAGCCGCGUGUGUGUGUGUGUAUGUACAUACAGUAUGUGCAUAUACAUUCCACUCAAUAUUAUACACUAACAAACCUUACAGGUUUCCCUAAAUAUUUUACCUGUCCCCUCACCUGUGGGGUCUCAUUGGGGCCACCUGACCAAACAGAUUUUUUUUUUUAACCCCAAAUGCAAUUCUAAAGGUGUUAAAUGGGAAAUGCAAGCUUCCCUAUGUGCAAUAUAAUCCCUAUGUAUACACCUACACUACACACUACCCUGCUGAUGUAGGGUUACCCAGUAUAUACAACCUUUAAACUGUGCUGUGUUUUAAAAGGGUUUUCUUCCUAUUAGCAAAUAAAAUGAUUUCCUAUAUACUUUGAA